AUGAGAUCCAGAAAAGUGGCGAGCCAGCUCGAGUUGCGAGAAUGUCUUCUGAAGCUUUUCAGAAGGAAGUAUUCGUUUCCAAUUGCAAGAAAGAACACUUUGAGUAUCAUAAUCUUUGCCUCUAAUACGGGCAAGGUCGUCCCAAAUCUGGCUAUAGAGAUGUAUAUCAAUGAGAAACUGCAGAUUUUCAGAGCAGUGGGCAUGAUGGACAAAUUCCCUAAAUCUUUGCGGAUUGAAAAAAUGUUGAUAUUUAGAUUUGCGUAUGGCGCGCUAAAUGAGCCGUCUUUAACUGUGAGACCACCAGUAAUAUCACUGGUUGUUAUUUUGCACGAGGCAAACUCAGGAUAA